GUUGUGCUAGGUCCAGUUCAACGAUCGCGCUUCUACUUUCUGUUAUCUAUGGCACGGUUCAAGUUCAGUGUUUCAAGAUAGUGAAGUAACUGUGUAACACUGUGAAUAUUUCAAAUUUUGCGAUUUUUAUUAAGCAAUGCCACCCAACGUGACGAGUAUGCCCACGGGGGUCCUCUACGAGGACGAGACCCUAGACCCUCUGUUGCCGUCCAUGCAGAAGUACGAUGGCUACCCCAAGGAGCUGCCCGGACCCGAGUACAAGAUGAAGCUGGUCUGGCGUAACAUCAUACUGUUUGUGUACCUUCACGCGGCCUCCGUCUACGGAGCCUACCUCAUGGUAACCUCCGCCUCCUGGCCUACAGUGUUGUGGGCUAUCUUCCUGUACCACUGUUCUGGGCUGGGUAUCACCGCUGGGGCGCACAGACUCUGGGCCCACCGCUCCUACAAGGCUAACCUUCCUCUCCGCAUGCUGCUGGUGCUGUUCAACACUCUGGCGUUCGAGAACCACGUGAUAGAGUGGGCUAGAGACCACAGGGUGCACCACAAAUACAGUGAGACCAACGCAGACCCUCACAACGCUAAGAGAGGCUUCUUCUUCUCCCACGUAGGCUGGCUGUUGUGCCGCAAACAUCCCGAUGUUAUUGAGAAGGGAAAGGGACUGGACAUUAGCGACCUGGAGAAUGACCCUCUACUAAAGUUCCAGAAGAAGUACUACCUGAUUCUGAUGCCCAUCGUGUGUUUCCUCAUCCCCACUGUGCUGCCCGUCUACGGCUGGGGAGAGACGUGGACCAACGCUUGGUUCGUCGCAGCUCUGUUUCGUUACACCUUCACCCUGAACAUGACCUGGUUGGUCAACAGUGCCGCCCACUUGUGGGGCAAUCGCCCUUACGACAAAUUCAUCAACCCAUCUGAGAACCUGGGAGUGUCUAUUGGAGCUUUGGGUGAGGGAUGGCACAACUACCACCACACAUUCCCCUGGGACUACAAGACGUCGGAGCUGGGCAACUACAGGGCCAACUUCACCACAGGCUUCAUCGACUUCAUGUCCAGGAUCGGCUGGGCCUACGACCUCAAGACAGUGUCCCAUGACAUGAUCAAGAAGAGGGUGCAGAGAACAGGUGACGGCACUCACGCUUCUCAAACUCACUCCCACAAAGGAGAAGUGUGGGGCUGGGGCGACAAGGAUAUGCCCAAGGAGGACAAAGACGAAGCGACAAUCAUCAACAAAAAGUCUGAAUAGACUCAUCGUCAAGCAUUCCAUCACAUUAGCGCAGUAAUUGAAAGCGUAUAAAAUUCAAUUCGAAUUUGCACAUAAAUUAAUUUUAGUCUUGUACAUAAUAUUUUGAUAUAUUAUUUUGUUAUUUAUGCUAGCAGAGCAAAGUGAUAUAUGUUCCUUUUUGUAUUUAGUAGGCUAUGCGCUGGAAUAAAUGUGUGGCCUCGUCUUGGAGGUGUGAAUAUUUAUGUGUGUUUGUCUAUUUUUGUAUUUCUCUAAUGUAGUUAAGUAAUUUGGAAUCUCGCACAUUGCUCUGUGAUAAUGUGUGACUUGACUUCGUGACCUUACUUAUUUAUCUUCACUCUGUUCAGUUGUUAUCACAUUGAGCGAUUAUUGUUAGUAUUAGAUUGUUGUGUUUAUACCUUAGUUUUCGUAAGGUUAGUGAAUAACCUAAUACUUGCCAUGAGUACUAUUCUAUUUAACUAGUACCAGUUUCAAUGUCCAUAUUGAUUUUUAUUAUGUUUGAAGGAACCUUCUUUAGUUAUUCUUUAACAAACUAGUGCAUAAUAUAAUGAUAUGAUUAUAUUAUACAACUAUACUACAUCUGUUGUACUUCAUGCAUGUAUAUAAUUGGGAAAUAAACACAUCAAUUUCUAAUAAUAAAA